AUGGCUGCCCAGACCUUCCGAUUCAACUCUACAAUGAUGAAUGCAAACUUCCAGCUGCAGGAUGAGAAGGCCGCUCCUGCAGUCUCGGCUGUAAUUUUCGAUCCACCUACAAAUCCCGUUUUCAUUCCCCCUAAGCAAAAAUGCCAGAGACCAACUAUCACACCUCUCAAAAUCAAGCCGAAACAGAAUCGACUAAAUGAACCGGUGAAAUCGCGCUCUAGUUCAUUGGCACGACCGGAGCUUUCUGUCCCUCUUCAUGUUUCAAACCUACUACAAGCAACGGCAAUUCCAGUGCCGCGGACUUGGACUGGUCGAAAGCAGAGUCAUUUAUCGGAUAGAAGCGAUGCAGGAUAUUUCGAUUCCUUGUUCUCUGAGGAUGUAGCUGGAAACCAACCUGGAGGAAUGGUCCGACCCUCAAGGCAAUCCUCUCUUCACGUUCUUCUGAGUCCUCCAAACGUGUUGGAUGAUGACGACGACAGUAACCUGCGAACCGGAUCAGAGACCCCUGAUUCAGUAAGAUCAUUAUCGUUAGACUCUAUCCCGUCAUUAGAUAACGAUGACGAUAUUCCCACCCCGCUCGGUGACCCGCCAACACCAUCCCUUACCACUCCCCAACGAUUGCCGUUCGUUCGGAAGCAGCGUGUCUUCUCGCCUAGCGAGGCCUGUCCCCAAGACCAUCCUCUCCUCUCCACGUCAUUACCCGAGGACCUCAUGUACAUCGAUGAAACCCCCACAAAGAUGCCAGUAUACAGGUCGAACUCCUUCCGAGCCCUUCCAAAAUUAGGGGCAACCGUCAAAUCCAACCUCACUGCGUCCCUCCGAGCGAUCAGAUCCGCUGCCCAAAGCGUCUCUAAUUUCACAGCUCCCUCCGUGCGAUCCGAAGAUUUCUUGACACGAUCCUUUUUCUCAUUCUCUCCAGAACUAACGGACGAUAAACACCCCGUUCUAAUGAAAAACACCCCUUCGCCGGCACUCUGCCGCUACGUAAACCCCUUAACAAUAUCCGCAGCAGAUAUCCAUAUCUACAACGAGUCUCCACGAGGAACUCCUGUUGAACCCACCAGAUGCACAGCAUGCAUUCAAAUGCAGACAUACAACUUGUCAACGGUUAAGAAAAGACGCAGAAAAUGUGUAUAUCUCCCAGCCGCCACUGAAAAUGGCUAUGAAUCCGACCUUGACUGCCAAGACGAAGAUGUGAACGAUGAGGAAGACGAAGUGGAAGAUGAAGAUGAAGAAGGCGAAGAAGAUGGAGAAUACGAAGACGACGAAGACGAUGACCGUCCACGAUUCCACCUUCCCCGCCAUAGAGAGCCCAGAGAGAACAGCGAUUUUCUUCGAAUCGUCGUCUUGGAAAUGAACAUGCAACGCCGUGGUAAACUACGCAGUGACGUCCCCGGUCGAGCAAAGCCCUGGCUUCCGCCGAGAAAGGUGAUGAUGCGGUCGUCAUCACCAUCAUCACCUUCUUCUUCUGCGGGGCUCUAUGUGGGGACAGGUGGGGCAGGAUAUACGAGCCGCAAGAUUCCGCGAAGGUGGAUUCCAAUAUCCAUGGAUGAUCUAGGAUGACUUGUUAUUCAUUUCUUUUUUCUGCUCCCCGCCCUUAUUACUUGUCUCGUAUGAAUGACUCUUGGUCCACAAAUCUUAAAAGGUCCAUGCCAUGUUGUUUGCUUCCUUUUGCUUUUACCUUGACCUAUAUAUAUUUUUUUUCAAAAUAUAUAUUUUUCAAAAAAAGCUUUCGUCACGGCGUCUUGAUUACGGUUGGGUGUUUCAAGAGCAGGGUAGUUUGGUUUUGGAUAAGUAUAGAAAUGAAGAAUUCAAAUUUAUU